GGGACGUGGCCACGUGGGCCAAGCACGUGACGCCGGCUGUCUUUGGCGCAUUCGAGCGAAGGUGACCUAGAGUAGUGGUGCAGAAUGGCAGAACCAAUUAAAGUGCUUGUGACUGGAGCUGCUGGUCAGAUAGCCUAUUCCCUUAUCUUUAACAUUGCAAAGGGUGAUGUUUUUGGAAAAGACCAGCCACUUAUUCUUGUGCUGCUUGACAUUACACCAAUGAUGUCGGUGCUCAGUGGCGUGGUGAUGGAAAUCCAAGACUGUGCCCAUCCACUCGUGAAAGAGGUUAUUUCAACUGACAAGGAGGAGGAGGCUUUUCAGUCAAUUGAUGUUGCAAUUUUAGUGGGCUCAAUGCCAAGGCGGGAAGGAAUGGAAAGGAAAGACUUGCUGAAAGCUAAUGUGAAGAUCUUCAAAUCCCAGGGUGCUGCUUUGGACAAAUUUGCCAAAAAGAGUGUCAAGGUUCUUGUUGUGGGAAACCCAGCCAAUACCAAUUGUUUGAUAGCGCUGAAGUCUGCACCGUCAAUUCCAAAAGAGAAUUUCUUUUGCCUGACUCGCUUGGAUCAUAAUAGAGCAAGAGCUCAGCUUGCAUGUAGAUUGGAUGUACCUCCUAAUGAUGUAAAGAAUGUUAUCAUCUGGGGCAAUCACUCUUCCACUCAAUAUCCAGAUGUACAUCAUGCCACAGCGACAAUUCAAGGAAAGGAAAUGAGUGUCAUUGAUGCCAUCAAGGAUGAUAAUUGGCUGAAGAAUGACUUUAUUAAAAUCAUACAACAGCGUGGCGCUGCAGUGAUUCAGGCGAGGAAGCUUUCCAGUGCAAUGUCAGCUGCUAAGGCCAUCUCUGAUCAUAUGAAGGAUAUCUGGUUUGGCACUCCUGAGGGUGAAUGGGUGUCAAUGGGAGUGAUUUCUGAUGGAAAUACAUAUGGUAUCCCCGAAGGCCUGAUCUAUUCUUUCCCAGUAAAAAUCAAGAAUAAAACUUGGUCUAUUGUCAACUGUUUGCCAAUCAACGACUUCGCCUGCGAGAAGAUGAAAACCACUGCUGAUGAACUAGUAUCAGAGAGAGAUACAGCCAUUGAGUUCCUAACAAGUGCUUAAAAUCAUUGCUCAUCAAAAUACUCUGUAGUUAAAGUAAUAUGUCAAGUUAUUGGGUCUGUUGAAUCAAUAAAAAACAUUUAAUCGGGAUUAUCAUCUAUACUGUAACAGUUAAACUCCUAUUAAUGGUAUGCAUAAGGAAGUUUUUCCAUAUAUUAAAAUCUAAACUUCCAAACAA